GGAUUGCCGUUAUCGUAAACAUUUCGGCGACCCCCAAUCUAAGCCUUAUUGGCAGAACGGUCAAGGUGGGGAGAAGGACAGUAGCUUCGGGUCUGAUAAACGCCCUAGGACUGGGCAGGUGAAGGAUGAACCAUCAAGGAAGAACCCUAAGGACCAAUAG